GGAUGUGGGCCAAGCAAAGCAUACAGGAAUGAUAGUAAGUGCCGGCGUAGGAGCACUCGAUGCCGCUUUUCGGGGGCACGGUAGCGGAUUUGUUCAGGUUGGUACAACUCUAUGUUGCGAAGACCGUGCCAGAGAAGCGCGAGGAGGGACAUUUGCCUUGUUCAGACACAUGGAUGUUGCCAAUGGUGUCUGAUUUUAGCCAACGCCUUCCUCCUGGUCAUUUCUCUGCGUGGAUUUCGAGGAAAGGUUUCCUGGAGGGUAAAUUCCUUUUGACUCGAAUACCAUGUGCACUCCCGAGUGAUAUCAUUUUGCUUUGUGCAUCGGAUUGUCUCCGCAAUCAGAAAGACAUCGCGUACGAAAACCUCGCUGUCAUGUCUGCGGACCCGUCUCAGUCAUGUUCACCAGCCAGCAGAAUGAGUGGCGGCGACUACGAUGGAGACGAAGUUCUCAUCAUCGGCGUACCUUCAUUGGUUGAGUCCUUCCAGGAGCAGCCUGAGCCAGAUCAUCAUGAAAAUGGGUUCGGCGCAUCCUCGAGAAUCGAGGUAUCUUCUGUAUUGGAAAAUGCGGAUCGCAACGGUCAGACAGAAGCAGAAGCGAUGCAGGAGGCAGUCAAAUCGAGCUUUGUCCAAGCCAGCCGCGAUGCGGCCCUGACAGGCACAGUUAACACGCUGUGGCUCAAUAGCGCCGACCAGGAUAUAAGCGAGCGAGGCAAAUUCUCAGAGAGAACGAAUACGCUUGCCAGAUUGCAAGAGUAUGCCCUCGACGCGCCGAAGACAGGAUGGACAAUGCCUCUCGAUAGCUUGCGCAAUCUUGAAUGCGGUGUGCCCGAUUGGAAAUGUAAAAAGCGGAGGCGAGCGAACAGUACCAAUCUUCUGUAUUCUGAGAGCGCGUUGGGUCAAAUACAUCGUGCCUUUGCUGGAACUCGAGGAGAUCCCCAUUCUGGUCUCAGGGAGUGGUUGAGGGACAAGCUGGCGAACCAGAGGCCUCCCGACUGUGAAUGUCACUCGUUGCUUCGGUUUGCUGAGGCGGCAACUUGCCGCUUGCCUGAGAAGAUGCAGCAGACGUGUCUGCAGAUCUUUCGGAACGCCGAGGUCGUGUGGAACGAUGCGACAAGACAGUGCCGUCUGGGCACGGCGCGCCGAACGGGCGGAGCGCCUGUGUUGUCUUGGCCACAGGCGCGGCGCCGCGCCCGCGCGACGUGGAGAGACGAGCUGCACAGAGACGGGUGGUCUCCAGAGCUCUUUGCGCUGACGGUCUACAAGAAGCGUCUUGGCGACCCACCCUGCUGGGAGCUCUGCUUCGAAGAGCUGUGUGGCGCCGCGGCCGAGCAUGCGGCGGAGCGCCCCGGUGGGCACGUGUCUGUCGUGUCUGUUGCGAUGGGCGCGGCCGCCGUCACGCUUCGUGGUCAACCUGCGACCCAGCUGCAAGACGGAAGCCGGAACAUGCUGGAUUUCGGGCCCGCGCCUCCUCUCGUCGAUCUGACUCGCCUCGGGAAGGUCCUGCGCAAUCUGGCGAGCAUGCGCGGGCCUGCAGAUGGAGGCGAUUUGAACGAGGUGCCCAGGUCUGAUCCCAAGAUGGUCUCCGUCGACGAGCUCAGAUUCACACAUGGGGAGAUUUCCGAUCACUUCAAAAAUGGUAUGACGAUAACGGACACUGUGUCCCAGCUUGAGAAUGGAACGGUAAGUUUGUUCAGCAGCGAGUUCAUAUUGGAUGUCGUAGAACUCGAGGGCAAGCUUUAUUCAAUCGCUUCGCUAAUUCCUCCAGCCCGUAUUGUGCCAUCGCAGGUGUUUGCUUGG